AUGGUACCUCAAAAAUGGAAUCAUUUAAUUGGGCUUCCUUUGUCAGAUCCACAUCUCCACGAGCCUGCACCUGUAGAUCUGUUGUUAGGCUGUGAUGUUUGUGCCCAAAUAUUGCUUCCAGAAAUCAAACGUUCGCAAGAUGGCGUCGGGCCUAUGGCACAAAAUACGGAGUUAGGCUGGAUCGUUCUCGGAAGAACUUCCACAUAUCCUCCUCAAAAAAUCCGCAGUUUCGUGCAAAUGACCGAAUUUUCUCCGAUCGAUUUGAGCGCUCAACUACAGAAGUUCUGGGAAAUAGAAGAAUUGCCGUUUCUACCUCAUGAAACUGAAGAAAAUGUUGCCUGUGAGGAACACUUUGAAAAGUAUACUAUUCGUUUACCUGAUGGACGGUAUCAAGUCAAAAUGCCAUUCAAAGAUGAAAAGCUGCCGGAAAUGGGUUUCAGCCCGCACAUGGCAUAUCGACGGUUUCUUCACCUCGAGAAAAGGCUUGAGUCAAAUCAAAAUCUUAGAACUGAAUACACGAAAUGUAUCAAAGAGUAUGAGACACUCCAGCACAUGGAACAAAUCAACAGCGACAAUGAAGUCCUUAACACGCCACACCACUUCAUUUUACCACAUCAUGCUGUGAUAAAAGAAUCAAGCACAACCACUAAAACAAGAGUUGUUUUCGAUGCAGCAGCCAAAGAUUCGAAUGGGAAAUCGAUAAAUGACUAUCUAAUGGUAGGUCCAAAAUUGCAAACUUCUAUAAUUGAUCUUGUUUUGCGAUUGCGAACUCACCGAUAUACCUUCACUGCCGAUAUAGAGAAGAUGUAUCGACAAAUUUGGGUGACUCAACUGGACUCCUUUUACCAAAUCAUUUUGUGGAGAAAUGAACGAUCAGAGCCUUUGAGACUCUACAAGCUAAAUACGGUAACGUUCGGUACAGCAAGUGCCCCAUAUUUAGCCAUCAAAACGUUGAAACGUCUAGCCCAAGAUGAACAUCCGAAUUAUCCUUUGGGGGCGAAGGUCGUGCAAGAACACAUGUACGUGGACGAUUUGAUAAGUGGUGCAGAUUCGCUAGAAGAAGCAAAAGAAAAAAGAGAUGAAGCAAGAGCACUUUUAGCGUCAGGCGGUUUCAACUUAAGAAAGUGGACAGCAAAUCAUAGAGAUUUAAUGGAAAAUAUUCCACUUCAUGAUCGAGAAAUUGAUUUCGAGCUUCCCUUUGAUCCUUCCUACCACGUCAAAACUCUGGGCAUCAAAUGGCUCUUCCAUCCACUUGGAUGGAUCUCUCCGUGCAUAAUCACUGCGAAGAUAAUUAUGCAGAAGCUUUGGGAUCUCGGAUGUGAUUGGGACGAUCCGAUCCCAAACGACCUUAAAAGGGAUUGGAAAACUUUUCAACAAGAGCUUCCAAUGAUUGAAAAGGUAAGGAUACCACGAUGGAACCGAAUGAGUCCUUCAAACCAAGCAAUCGAGUUGCAUGGCUUUUGUGACGCUUCAAUGAAAGCAUAUGGAGCUGUUGUGUAUGUUCGAGUCCUGGAUAAGAGUGGAGGCAUUCAUACCAGCUUACUCUUAGCAAAGACAAAGAUUGCUCCGAGCAAACGGACGAUCACGUUGCCUCGGCUUGAACUUUGUGGUGCAGUAGUCUUGGCCCAAAUAUUACACUACACAUGCAAUGUUUUAGCAAUUCCUGAAGUUCGAAUCUUUACCUGGACGGAUUCAACAAUUGCUCUUUCCUGGAUUAGAGGAACUCCUACCAAAUGGACCAAAUUUGUCUCAAAUCGAGUAUCCGAGAUACAGCGACUUAUAGGCAGCCAUUGUUGGUCCCAUGUUCCAACACAUCUAAACUCGGCUGAUUUAGCAUCUCGUGGCGUUUAUCCCUCAGCCUUGGAUUCCUUGGACGCUUGGUGGAACGGUCCAGUAUUCUUAAGAUCGAAGUGGAAUUUUGAUAUGCCCGAUCAAGUUGAGAACUUCGAAACAGAAGAAGAAUGUCGUCCGGUAAAAGCCCACACCAUACAAGUAACAAGAGAACUGAUUAGUAUCAUCAUCCACAAAUAUUCGAACUUACUCAAAGUAAUUCGUAUCAUCGCAUGGUGGCUUCGUUUGAAAAACAACCUCCGAUCGAUGAGUUGGGCGAGAAAAACUUCCCAAAACGGUAACCAAUCGGCUAUUGUAUCCAAGACAAGCGGUUCGUUAACUGCUUCUGAAUUGGAAGCAUCUCUUAUGCUGGCAGUCAAGAUAGCUCAGACCGAGAUGUUUUUUAACGAAAUAAAAGAGCUGCAACAGAAGGGUAAAAUUUCAAAACCAUUAAAAUCACUCAAUGUAUUUAUUGAUGCCAAUGGCAUUUUAAGAGUUGGUGGUCGAUUGCAGAAUUCCCUGCUUCCUUAUGAAGCGCAGCAUCCAAUGGUAUUACAAAACAACCAUCAUUUCACAAAACUGGUUGUAAAAGAUGCCCAUAAAAAUACAUUGCAUGGUGGAAUACAACAGAUGAUUGCUUAUAUACGUCAGAAGUUUUGGAUUGGUCAAAUUCGAAGAAGUAAAGCAGCAGAGAUGCAGCAAUUGAUGGGAAAUUUACCAGCUGCUAGAGUCCGCAUGGCUAGGCCAUUUUGUCACACUGGCGUAGAUUACGCAGGCCCCAUCGAAAUCAAACUUGGAAAGCUCGUGGAAGCAAUCCAUUUGGAAGUCGUUUCAGAUUUAACGACUCAAGCAUUCUUGGCAGCAUUCAGGCGAGGAACUUGCAAGCAGAUUAAUAGUGAUUGCGGUACAAAUUUUAUUGGUGCUAGUUCAGAACUAGAUAAGAUAUUAAAAGCUUCACAGCAUGAUUGGAAAGAAAUAGCUGAAAAUCUAGCAAAUCAAGGUACAGAAUGGCAUUUUAUUCCUCCCGCUUCUCCUCACUUCGGUGGAUUGUGGGAAGCUGGAGUGAAAUCAGACAAGUACCACCUAAAACGAGUUGUCGGGAUGGAGAGACUGACUUUUGAGGAGCUCACCACACUUCUUUCGCAGAUAGAAGCGUGUCUGAAUUCGAGACCCUUAUGUCCUCUUUCAGAUAGUUUGGAUGAUUUGGAUGUGCUGACCCCAGCACACUUUUUGAUCGGCGAAAGUCUUCAUGCUGUACCUCAAGGUGACAUCGACAUCAACAUAACACACAUGGAUAGAUGGAAGCGAGUUCAGUCAAUGACAUUAACAUUUUGGCGAAAAUGGAGUUCCGAGUACCUGACCAGACUGCAGCAACGACCGAAGUGGACACAAAUACAGGAAAAUGUAAAAGUCGGAGACAUCGUUCUGAUUAAAGAUGAAAGAUUUCCACCGACCAAUUGGAACAGGAUGCAUAAAACGCCCCAUCGCUAA